AUGAACCAGUGGCGCCAUUUGGGCUGCAGCAGCAGCAGCAACAGCAGCAGCAGCAGCAGCAGCAACAGCAGCAGCAGCAGCAGCAGCAACAGCAGCUCUUCUCAUCUAGCAGCAGCAGCAGCAGCAGCAGCAGCAGCAACAGCAGCAGCAGCAGCAGCAGCAACAGCAACAGCAGUAGCAGCAAUAGCAGCAGCAGCAGGAGAAGAAGCAGCGCGAGUAGCAGCAGCAGCAGCAGCAGCGGCAGCAGCAGUAGCAGCAGAAGGAGUAGGAGCAACAGCAGCAGCAGCAACAGCAGCAGCAGCAGCAGCAGCGGCGGCAGCAGCAGCAGAAAUGAGAUAA